UGCAAAGAGCACAACGCGAAAACGGAUUAGAGUGAACUAAAGACUUAACUAAAGACUACUGCUAAAUUUUCCAUAACAAGUGCAUAAAGUGUUAAUUAUUUGUAACAAAGUGUUAAAGUGUUAACUAAUAAUCACACACACACACACACACACGCAAUAUGAAUGUGGAAGAGUUUCGCAAAUAUGGCAAAGAAGUCAUUGAUUAUAUCUGCGCCUAUGGCAAUAAUAUUGAAGAGCGCGAUGUUGCACCCACAUUGGAUCCAGGAUAUUUAAAGAAAUUGCUGCCAGCGGACGCACCACAAUCGCCCGAACCAUUCAAAGAUGUGCUGCAGGAUUUCGAGCAAAAGAUAAUGCCAGGCGUAGUGCAUUGGAAUCAUCCCAAAUUCUUUGCCUACUUUCCCUCGGGCAACUCGUUUCCCUCUGUGCUGGGCGAUAUGCUAAGCAGCGCCAUUGGCUCCAUAGGCUUCAGCUGGGCCAGUUGUCCGGCAGCAGCAGAGCUCGAGACUAUAGUCAUGAACUGGUAUGCCAAGGCCUUGGGCUUGCCCAAAGCUUUCAUAACAGAUGCGCCUGGCAGCACUGGCGGUGGCGCCCUGCAGGGCUCCGCCUCCGAGUGUGCGCUCGUCUCGUUGAUCACAGCGCGUGCGCGCGCCAUUAGCGAGCUGAAGGGACAAACGAGCGUGCAUGAUAGCGUCUUCUUGCCCAGCCUCAUAGCUUAUGCCAGUCGUGAGGCGCACUCCAGCGUAGAGAAGGCUGCCAAAAUGGCUUUGGUCAAGCUGCGCAUCAUCGACGCCGACGAGCGUGGACGCAUGCGCGUGGAUCUGCUGCAGCAGGCCAUAAAUAACGAUGUCAAUGCUGGACUUACACCUUUCUUUGUCGUCGCCACAGUGGGCACCACUGGUGGUUGCGCCUUUGAUGACAUCUCUGCCAUUGGCAAAGUGUGUCGUCAGGUUUCGGGCAUUUGGCUGCAUGUGGAUGGCGCCUAUGCUGGCAACUCUUUCAUUUUACCCGAGAUGCGUGUAUUCUCCGCUGGCCUGGAGUACGCCGACUCCUUCAAUACCAAUCCCAACAAACUGCUGCUGACCAACUUUGAUGCCUCAGCGCUUUGGGUGCGCGAUGUCAUGACGCUUAAGAGUGCGCUCAAUGUGAAUCCUUUGUACUUGCGUCACGAGCACAUGAAUGGCGUGGACUAUAGACACUACGGCAUACCCUUGAGUCGUCGCUUCCGUGCACUCAAGCUUUGGUUUGUCUUCCGCACAUACGGCGUCAAGGGAUUGCAGGCAUAUAUACGUAAUCACAUGGUGCUGGCCAAGAAGUUCGAGAUGCUGGUGCGCAAGGACGAACGCUUCGAGGUGCGCAACGAUGUGCACCUGGGCUUGGUUUGCUUCCGCAUGCGCACUGGCGAUGAGGCUAACCAUCAGCUGCUGGCUCAGAUUAAUCACUCGGGUAAAAUGCACAUGACGCCUGCCAAAUUCAAUGGACGUUAUGUCAUUCGCUUUUGUGUAACAUACGAGCAAGCCACAGAGAAGGAUAUUUUGGAUGCCUGGGCGCAAAUUAAGGCUUUUGGCGAAGAAAUCAUGCGCGACUGUCCGAUGGAGAUCAGCUCAGCACCGCCUACGCCCGAAACCGAGCGCUCUGCCUCAGAUACAGUGGCCGGCAAGCCGCCAAUCAAGAAGAAGCUUACGCGCACCAAGUCGCUGCGCUUCUCCUUUACACGCAGCAUAUCAAAGGAACAGUUCCAGAGUCAGAGCGAACACCUUAUGGAUGGUUGCACACCCAUCUUGGUUGUUGACCCCAAGUUGAUACAACAGAACUUUCAGCAAGCAACAGAAAACAAUGCGAACAACAACAACAAUACUACAAAGCUAAAUCACAUUUCUGAUGUGGACACGGAUGAGGCAAGCAAUUGAGCUGGAACUCAAUGCAUGCUAAUGUACUAACUGUAUAUAGUAUUAAUAGUUGUUCGGUUUAAGAACGUGCUGUAAUGAGGCCUGUACCUAAAAAAAAACUGACGACUUUAAACUGAUCGCUUGAAUUUUAAGUACAUAUUUAUUUAGUUUUAAGCUGCGCUGUUGUAUUUCAAUUAAUUUAUUGUUGGGUUCCUAUUACCACUUGUAAUGCAAACUAAUUACAUAUGCAUUGUAUGCUUAGUCAAAAGCUCGCCUAUUACCACUACAAAACUUAUUUAUAAACAUAAACACAAACAUUUACUAAGCAUUUGAUA